AUGCGAGUUGCGACGGACAUUGCGAGGAAACUUAAUCUCGUCGCAAAUUUGCGAUGCAUUUGCGACGACGUAGCAACGGGUGCGAAAGCCGUCGCAAAUACAUCGCAAAUUUGCGAUGAGAUCAAAUUACCCGCCGAUUCGUCGCAGAUUUGCGAAGCAUUUGCUACCACUUUGCGACGCAAGCAACAAAAGUCGCAAAUCCCUCGCAAAUUUGCGCCACAGUUGCGACAACCGAUGUUCGUCGCAAAUUUGCGAGAAACUUGCGAUGCAAUUGUGACGAUGAGCUCAGUUCGUCGCAACUCCCUUGCAAAAUUGCGACGGACUUGCGAGUAA